AGGUCAGUAGCGGAUGUUCCCUUGUGUUGAAGGCCUUUGAGUGCGCGGCCUUGGGCGAGUGCGCGCGGAGCCUCGAGCCGGAGUUCGCCGACGCCGCCCUCGAAGGGCCUCCAGCCAGCCCUUCCGGAACCUUCCUAGCGUCUCCCAAGAGCGACCCUCUCGCUGAUAGUCCCAGGGAGGAUCAGCGCACGGACAGGCAGGACGCCAUGCAGGAGCAGCAGCAGCAGCACCUCCGGGCCAUGCUGGGCACCAGUGGGCAGCUAGCGUACUACGGCCUCCGCCUGGCGCCGCCGCCGCACGUGACGACAAACACGGUGUCGGGCGGCAUCUGCUCGACGACCUUCGGGGGGAUGAGAGCCCCGAACGCCGUGCCCUCCGUGCGACCUGCGCUCUAUCUCCCCAUGCAUGCUUAUCAGCAUCCUUCCUCCACCGUGUCCUCUGUCACGGCAGCUGCUGUUAGCACUGCGACCGCUGCUGCGCCCUCCACGCCCACCACGUCCAACACGCACUGUCGCGUCGCCAGUUCCACGUCCAGCAGCGUGGACAGCAGCACUCCGAAGAGUCCCAAGGCGAACAAGAGCGAGAGCAAGGCCAGCGCCGGCAGCCAGGAAGGCAGAGGAGGCCACGGCCACGAGGAGGGGACUGGGCACCCUCAGGAGGACGGGGGAGGACGCAGCCAGGAGGGAGGAGGCAUUCAGAGCCAAGACGGAAGAGGCACCUCCGCCCCAGAGGGUGGCGCGGGAGGCAGGAGUCAAGAAGGUGGGGGUAUCCGGAAGUCCCCCCCGCCCCCGUCGCGGAUGGUUACUCGCAGCCAAACGGCAGCCGGGCGGACCACCAUCAAUCUGGAGGUCGAGGAGCGCGUGUCCAAUGUACGCGCCAAAGGGCACAAGCGCGCACGUUCUUGCAGCAGCGAGCGCGAAGUCGUAAGUCCCCGGAAGGUGUGCCGCGAGCCCACCGCCAGCGCCUCUGUCGGCUUUGAUGACUUCGCUUUCUCAAAGAACCCUGCCGGGGCUGGCAUCGAGUUCGGGGCGGUUUGUUCGGAUUGCGGCGCCGUGGCUGUGACUGGCGCGGGCUGGACUGCACACCAGGCCGCCCACCGCGGGGAAGGAGCUGCCUGCAGCUUCUGCACUCAGGUGUUCCUCAGCAGCCAUGGUCGUGACGCCCACCAGCAACUGCACAGGGAAGGACACACGCGAGACGUGGACGAUUACUGCGAAUGCGGGCUCUGCGGCGGAUCCUUCAUCGCUGUCAUGUACCUGGAGCUGCACCUGCUGGAGCUGCACGGCCGCGACGCUCUCUACGACCCGCGCUCGCUGCACCUGGGCCCUACGACCUCCGCGGAGCCUACCUGCCCCCCGGAGGACGAGAGCGGCCGCCAGCUGUUCCGGUGCGGGGUCUGUCACUCGCUCUUCACUUUCAGCCUCAAUCUUGACUGCCACAUGGCACUCCACUCGGAUGUCUCUUACGGCUGCGCCCUUUGCGAUGCAUUAUUCCCUGCUCUCGACCCGCUGGUCACGCAUUCGAAAGCCCACAGGUUCGCCGGCAUAGCGCCGCCCCCUGCACCAGGCAUGGCAGUUCAUGCAUCUUCCCCGCAGGUUCCCCCGCGACGCCAUGCCCCGCCCCAGCGCCACGUCCUGCCACCCACAGCACCGGCGCCCAUGAAUGUAUGGGGAGCACAGCCAAUGAGGGCGGCGCACCACCCUUCAACCGUCCCUGCAGCUCAGCCCAUGACUUCUCCGAUCGGUGUGCCUAUGAACCCCACCAUGAACCCGACAAUGACCCCGACCAUAAACCCUUCUAUGAAUCCCGCCAUGAACCCUGCCAUGACCUCCGCUAUGAACCCUGCCAUGAACUCUGCCAUGAACUCCGCCAUGACGCCUGCCAUGCUGAACUACUGCAUGAUGAUGUCCCUUUGGGGCGGCGACAAAACCCCGGCUACUUCGGAGACGUCGGUCUGGCCCAACUACUUCAACCCUGCUAUGGCUAAUGUCUUCAACUACUUCAAUCCAUACCUCCUUAAUAACAAUAACAACAACAACAGCACUCCCAACAACAACAACCCGAGCAACGGCAGCAAAGGGAGCCUGGGCGGGGGCAUGCGCAAGGACGGCAUCGAGGCGGCGACGGGGGCGCUGGGGAGGGAGGACGCCGCGGUGGACGGGUCUGCCUGAAAGCGCAGAGCCUCGAGAGGAGGAGCGCAGGUGCGUUGCAGGUGAAAUGACGCUCAUUGGGUUUAAUAAUAAGAUUACUGUGAACCAUCAGCAGUUGCGUCGAGUUGAAGCAAACCCCGGAGUUACCACAGCCAUUUCUAAGUACUGUCUCUGUGAUGCGUUAUUAUGGCAAGAGUGGUUUUCAUUCCGUGUAAUGACGGCGUGACCGAUAUCAGUGGCAGUUCUUAGUAAAUGCUCUAGUCUGGAGGGACAAAGAUCGCUUCUAGAGUGGGAACUUGUACCAGUGAUCAAGGUACCGAUCAAGACUAAAACAGUCAUUCGCGCUGUUAUAGAUCAGCCUCAGAAUAUUUGGCAAAGGAUAUGUAUGUCAUUUUGCUUCGUGAUAAUACAUCAGUCGUUUUUGUUAUUAUUUUGUUGUGUAUAUAGAGUUUGUAUUUGAAUAUUAGAUUGUAAUAUUGUUAUGAAAAUAGUCCUAUGACGAAUACGACAUUCUUCCAAUAGUUAUAAAUUGUUGAAUUUUUGUUCUGUUCAGUGACUAAGAUUUUAUAGAUUAGUAAUUAUGAAUGUUUGAUAUGACUAGAUAAUAUCCCGAUGAACAAGAUUUAAUCACGACAACAAUAGAUUUUAUUCAGUUUUGAAACAAGCAAUCGAAAGGAUGAUUUUCAGUUUGAAAAUAUGAUUUCUUUUUUAGAGUAGCCAUGGCUCAAAAUAUCUUAAAUAAGAUUGUAUAUGAUAAUGUAAUUGACAGGAACUAUGCAGUGACCCAAGUGAUAUUUUGAU